CUGUAUGAGUAAGUCUGGGGUUUAACUAUCCAGGACCAUCAAACGCUGGUACUGCGCUGCCUGCAUGGGUAAGUCUGGGGUUUAACUAUCCAGGACCAUCAAACGCUGGUACUGUGCUGCCUGUAUGGGUAAGUCUGGGUCUUAACUAUCCAGGACCAUCAAACGCUGGUACUGUGCUGCCUGCAUGGGUAAGUCUGGGGUUUAACUAUCCAGGACCAUCAAACGCUGGUACUGCGCUGCAUGCAUGGGUAAGUCUGAGGUUUAACUAUCCAGGACCAUCAAACGCUGGUACUGUGCUGCAUGCAUGGGUAAGUCUGAGGUUUAACUAUCCAGGACCAUCAAACGCUGGUACUGUGCUGCCUGCAUGGGUAAGUCUGAGGUUUAACUAUCCAGGACCAUCAAACGCUGGUACUGUGCUGCCUGCAUGGAGAAAGACCCAAUGCUUCAGAUUCGCUACCACACAAAGAAGGAGAAACACAAAGACAAGAAAGACAAGAACAAAGACAAGAAGAAGAAACUGAAGAAGUUGUUAAAGAAGCACCGCCACAGCAGCAGCGGCAGCGGCCUGGACGUUACCCUGCCCUUUGACCUGGAGAAGACCAAGAAGGUAGCAGUGUCACACGUGUCAGAAGAAACAUUGACCCAGCAGCAGUUAGCGAAUGCCCUGAAGCGCUCGUCCCGCAUGUGUGGGGAGUGUGACGCCUGUCUGCGCACUGAGGAUUGUGGGAAAUGUGACUUCUGCAGGGAUAUGAAGAAAUUUGGAGGACCAAACAAAAUCCGUCAGAAGUGUCGUCUGAGACAGUGUCUCCUGAAGUCAAGGAAGCUGCUGAGAGAUAAGCUGGGCCGUCCUGUGUCCAUGACCCGGUACAUGGCACAGCAGAAGGCCCGAGCCUCGGCCGCAGCAGCAGCAGCAGCUAGAGCAGCAGCAGCAACAACAACAACAACAGACUCGGAGAGCGACGCGCACUUCUACAGCAACAUUCUACAGUCACGGCCGGUCGGAAACAAGCACGACGCGUACGCAGACAUGUCCGGCACCGUGUUUGAGUCCAUAGGAACAUCGGACCAUGACUACACCGUCUUCCGCAGUCCUGGAGACAAGAAGAGAGCCGUCAAGUUAAAACAUGCACAGAGUAGAGAGAAGAAGCCCAAGCCACCCAAGAAGGCCCUCCAGCGACACAAGAGGAAGACGACCUCAGAUGACACGUCUGGUGACAAGGUGAAGUUCGAGGACAGUAAGGACCCCCCGCGGCAGUGCUACGGUCCAGAGUGUGUGAAGGCAGCCAGGCCGGGAUCCAAGUACUGCUCAGACGACUGUGGGCUGAAACUGGCCACCAAUCGAAUCUUUGAGUUUCUGCCCCAGAGAAUUCAGCAGUGGCAACAGAGUCCCUGUAUUGCAGAGGAAGGGGAAAAAAGAACUCUGGAGAAGAUCCGUUCGGAGCAGCUGGAGGCGCGUAAGCAGCUGGCCGUGUUGGACAAGCAGAGCGGGGAGCUGGAGAAAACCAUCGAACGCGCCAAGAACGUCCCUAUAGAUCCCGACCAAGAUAGUCAGGAUGAAGGAGGCGGUGAUGAUACAGAGUUGAGUAUCUACUGUGUGUCCUGUGGUCAUCCUGUCCACCCUCACCGAGCACUCAAACACAUGGAGAAGUGCUUCGCUAAGUAUGAAAGUCAAACAUCUUAUGGGUCCAUCUACAAGACAAGAAUAGAAGGAGCCAAUUUUUUCUGUGACUACUACAACUCGCAGAACCAGACGUACUGUAAGAGACUGAGAGUCUUGUGUCCGGAACACACCAGGGACCCAAAGGUGAAUGCAGAUGAUGUUUGUGGCUGUCCCCUGACCAAGAACGUUGUGGACACGACGGGAGAGAUCUGCCGGGUGGCCAAGAGGAAGUGUAACAAACACUACGGCUGGGAGAAGCUCCGCAGGGCUGAGAUCGACUUGGAGAGGGUCCGACAGUGGUUAAAACUGGACGAUCUGUUCGAGCAGGAGCGGAACAUUCGUUUUGCGAUGGCGAACCGCUCGGGUCUGCUGGGCCUGAUGCUGCACCAAACCAUCGACCACGAUCUUAUGAACCAGCAAAACGCAAACUUCCAGCAGAACUCCGAGUGACGCAAGCUUAGGUGCCACAAUGUUGUAAUGUUGAAUCAAUAUGGCAGCUCCUGUAUCUGUAUCUGUAUAGCCGGUAUAACCGCCCUUUGGCGUAGCACGCCAGCUUUGCGGCGGCAGCUGGCUACAUUACACCAAACAACUUGUUACAUGUACCAAGACCUUGAACAUCUAAAUAUUGUUCAAAACUAUCUAAUGAAGCUUGUCUCGUUAAUGAAGAUUCGUACUAAAAGAGCUUGUUGAUUACAGUGUCUGUGAGUUGAUGGAAUCUUGUUGUUUGUGAUUGACAAAAAUGCCACAAAGCUUACAUUUACAGCAAAAGAAAUAAUGAAGUAAUGAUUGCAAAAGUUGUGACAGGUUUCAAACAUGAGGAUACAAUUUUCUUCUUGUUGAAUAGGAAAAUAGCUCAAUUACUAGUCUAGUUCUAACAGAUUAGUAUUUCCUCUCACAAUGAAAAUUCAUUCUAAAUUCAAACUAUGUCUGAAUUUUGCCUCAACCACAGUUGAAUCACAUGUUCAUCAAAGAUAUUGUAGAUUGUUUCUGCAUUUCAAUGUUGUCAUACAAGCAUUGUAUAUUCCAAUGUUGAAUUGAAGUUGAAGUUCAAUAGCACAGUAAAUAUAUGUGUAUUGAAUAUUGUUACUACUUCCAUUUUAUUCAAAAAGUUUUAUUUUCUGUACAAAGUAUUUUAUACUGUUUAAAGUUCUACUACUGUAAGAGCAAUUGUUAAGAACAUACUAGUGGUUGUUAAAUGAAAGGACUUAAUGUUGUAAAUAUUAGACUAGAAAAAUAGACAGUGCAUGUUGAUCGAAUGUCAUAGCCUCCAGAGUAGUUGUGAAAUAAAAGUGAACAAUUAAUUGUUCUUGUGUGUAUGAA